AUGGAGAUGAACUAUGAUGAAAACCUGGAGGAGGAGCUUCAUACUCACAUCUAUCCCGGUACUGAGAUAAUGAGCGAUGUCGGCUCCCACCACUUUGUCAAAUCCUCAGCCAAGUCCGACCAGGUCCUCGUUCCCCAACCUAGCUCCGACCGAAGUGAUCCAUUGAAUUGGAGCCCGUUCUGGAAGGCCUCAGCGAUGACAAUGGUCACGCUCGUCAGCUUUGCCCAGGGUUUUGGCCCUCUGGCAUUGCCGCCUAUGUUUCCGCAGCUGAUAGAGGCGUUUGAAACCGACCUGGCUGGCGUGGUGCAGUUCGUUGGAGUCUGCAUCCUGGUGCUUGGAUUCAGUAACUUUAUCUGGGUUCCAAUUCAAACAUCCUUCGGCCGCCGGCCCGUCCUCAUCAUGUCGACAGUGAUUUGCUUGGUCUCCAACAUCUGGAGGGCGGUCGCCAAAGACUACCGAAGUUUCAUGGGCGCCUGUAUCCUAAAUGGAAUUGGUGCCGGUCCGGCAGAGACCGCUCAACCAACCGUUAUUGCCGAUAUAAUGUUUCUCCACGAACGUGGCGGGUAUAACACGCUUUAUUUCACUGUAUACUUUGGAAGUUUGAUGGUCGGUCCCAUUAUUGCAGGCCCCAUGACUGAACAUUCCAACUGGCGCAAUUUCUGGUGGCUCAACGUCGCCUUACAUGCUGCCAUCCUGGUUGGCCUUUUCUUCCUAUUUCCCGAGACCAAGUGGCACAGAGCGCAUCCCAAAGAGCUGGUUCUACAGACCGCACAAGGAAUCAACGACGAAAAAUUCCAGCCCGAGAUCCUAGAAGACCCCGAGAAAGCAAAGAUUGGCUCCACGCCCACAACGAUCACCGCAGCGAACGCUCCAUUGUCGGCACUCACUGAGGUCGCCACGGUUGAACGAGACCCUUACCUCCAUAAGGGAGCGCCUUCGAAGCAGCAGUUCAAACUCUGGCAGAGCAACGCGCACCCAUUCAAGAGUAUCGCUCUGGAUCUCUGGAUUCCGUGGAAGCUCUUUGCGUUCCCCAUCGUUGAGUUCAGCUCCUUCGUUGUCUCCUGGUCGGCAAGCUCCUUCUUAACCAUCAACUUGACGCAAACCCAGAAUUUUGCAGCUCCGCCGUACAAUUUCUCGUCCCAGAGCAUCGGAUUCACGAAUUUCGCCAUCCUAAUCGGUGCUAUGAUCGGUCUGGUGACAAAUGGUAGGCUCAGCGAUUGGAUUGCCGCAAGGGCCACGAAGAGAAACAAUGGCGUUCGAGAGCCCGAAAUGAGAUUGCCAACCUUAAUUCCUUACGUGCUUAUUAUGUUGCUUGGCAAUUUCGUCGUAGCCUUCGGGUGUGAGCACAAAUGGGAUUGGAAGGUGAUUGUGAUCAUCGGAUAUGCGUGUGCUGGUAUCCAAGUCGCCGCGAUUCCAGCCAUCGCGUCAACAUACAGCGUGGACAGUUACAAGCCUGUUGCCGGUAGCAUCUUUGUCGCCAUCACCGUCAACAAGAACCUGUGGGGUUAUGGCUUUAGCAAGUUCAUUACCCCGUGGAUCAUUUCAGACGGCUAUAUUCCUCCAAUCAUGCUGAACAUGUGCCUGAUUUUCCUUUGGUGCGCUUUUGGUACAUUGUUCUAUUACAAGGGCAAGACCUUCCGCAAGUGGACCAAGGAUGAUUCAGUCCAUAACUUGUGA